UUGGUGAGGGAGUAUGAUCUCUACACACAUAUUAAAUAUCCCACGAUAAACAGGUGUAUAAUAUUUCAAUCAUCAUUUCACUCCAUAAUUCCCCAUAUUGUUGUAUUGAUUGUCUUUGCCACUUCUAAAUAAUUAAUCAGAUUUUCUUACCAGAUAGAAUUACUUCUUGAAAAAAAAGACGCCAUCAGACAAUAGUCGAAUCAUGAGAUCUUAAUGCUUUCGUGAUGCUGAAUACGAUAUCACCAAGGAAACAAUGGCAAAUACAAACUUGUUGUUUUACUUCUUUUUUAUCUGGUUGGGCGAGACAGAUCAAUAAUUCAUCAGGUGAAUUACUUGAAGGCAAUAGCAUGAUUAGGUAUCCAAAUGUGAGUAAUGAGUUUUAUGAACUAAUCCAUUUAUUCAAAGAGAAACCUUUGGGUGGCUUUUUGUGUAAAAACACACAGAAGCGUUUGAAGUACUGACGAUACAAGGUGAGUCAUCAACAGCUAGCAACUCCGAUGUGAACAGGGGAAAGAAAGUGCGGAUGAACGCUAACUACUGUGGAUGCAUGGGAUAGAAAAAUCGUCAGCGCAAAUACUGCUAGUUAUAGGAAUCAAGGAGGCAUCUGACCCAGUCAUAGGAAAUAGUAGAGAAACGGAACAAACAGGGAGAACCGUUGACAAAAAUCGCAACAACAACAAUAGCUACGAAGCGGUACCUAGGAGACUGUGGGUAGAAGAAAAAGUCGUCAACACAACUAAGAGUCAAGGAGACAUUCCGUGCAAACUGUACGUACAGUAACAACACCAGGUCCUAUACCACAAGGCACCCCCAAACGUGGACACAGGCCGCAACAAACAGGGAGAAACGUCGAGAAAGAAGCGCAACAGACACAGACUAUACUACAAUAUGGCUCCUAUUUCUCAAGUCAUGCUGCACAAACUGAAAAACUUUGUCACCACCGGCUUACUACUGGCUUUCUUCGUGUAUUUGAUUUUCGGAGCCGUUAUCUUUCACGCACUGGAGUCACCUGCGGAGGAAAAAAUGCGUAUCGAAUUCUGGGAGUUCAAACGAAACCUUUCCAGAAGAUGGCAGAACAGUUCACAAUGUUUCAAUUCUGACGAAUCGUCACCUGUUGUAGUGCUCACACAGGAAGAGUUACAUGGAAUGCUUGAUUUAUUUUUUAAGGCUCAAUCGUGGGGGCUGCAUCCAGAUAGUACCGAGGAAAAGAGUUCUCGAAAGCGGUGGGGAAUGGACGGUGCGUUAGGGAUUAGCGGAGCGCUGUUGACUACGAUCGGGUACGGGCACUUCUCUCCGGUAACCACCGCAGGGAAAGCCUUCUGCGUAGCGUACGCAACGCUAGGGAUCCCUCUAACCGCCUUAACCGUCUCAGCCAUCGCCGAAAGGAUGAGGAACUUUUCCCGGUUUUUGGCGAAGAAGAUAUCGGAAAAGCGGCCACAAUGGAAUCGGCAGUGGGUUGAGAGGAGUUGCAACGCCAGUCGUGUUGCUGUCGGGAUGGUCGUCUUUUUCGUCAUCCCUACUUGGAUGGUACACAUCGUGGAAGAUUGGACUUACGGAGACUCUUUCUACUUCGUCUUUAUUACCCUCAGUACAGUCGGUUUCGGGGACUACGUAACCGGGGAACGGAUUGACAGGGAGUAUUCUGUUAAUCUGGUAUUCUAUAGGGUCUUCAUCUUGCUUUGGACCGGGUUUGGAAUGGCGUUUCUUGGAAUGGUGUUCACAAUGAUGUCGAAAGCACUGAAGAAAAUGAGCACAAAGGUUCAUCCAACGUCCGAACAGAGUAAGACGGUGACUAGGGAAAGAAUAACCAGUACUAGCACAUGUACCACCGGCUCAAGUGUAAGCACUAUUACAGCUUAGCUCGUAGAUUUGUGGCAGCCUCAUCGAGGCCUUCCACGAGCGGUGGCGGUUAUUGUUGGGGGUAACGCCGAUUCGUGAUUGUCAACAUAUCAGCCAGGUGUCUGUCUGUAUGUAAUCAUCUAUCUAUUUAUCUAUCACGUGUGUGUGUGUGCAUGUGUGUGGCAAGAAGUGACUGGGAAG